UGCGGCGCCGCCUCCGCGCCCUCAUCGACGGCAACCGAGUGAUGAUCUUUAGCAAGAGCUACUGCCCCCACAGCCAGCGGGUUAAAGAGCUCUUUGCUUCUCUGGGAGUUGACUAUAAUAUCUUGGAACUUGAUCAAGUCGAUGAUGGAGCCAAUGUUCAAGAGAUGCUGUUGGAAAUUACUAAUCAGAAAACCGUGCCGAACAUUUUUGUGAACAAAGUACAUGUGGGUGGAUGUGACCGAAUCUUCCAGGCGCAUCAGAACGGGCUGUUGCAGAAGCUCCUUCAGGAAGACUCGGUGCACGACUACGACCUCAUCAUCAUCGGCGGGGGCUCCGGGGGCCUCUCGUGUGCAAAGGAAGCUGCCAUUUUGGGAAAGAAAGUGAUGGUGCUAGACUUUGUGGUUCCAUCCCCACAUGGCGCGUCCUGGGGUCUUGGCGGCACUUGUGUCAAUGUGGGCUGCAUUCCUAAGAAGCUGAUGCAUCAGGCUGCUCUCCUGGGCCAGGCGCUCAGCGACUCGAGGAAGUUCGGCUGGGAGUACUCUCAACAAGUGAAGCACAACUGGGAGACCAUGACACAAGCGAUCCAGAGCCACAUCGGCUCUCUGAACUGGGGCUACAGGCUGUCCUUGAGGGAGAAAGGCGUGACCUACGUCAAUUCCUAUGGAGAAUUUGUUGAGCCUCAUAAAAUAAAGGCAACCAAUAAAAAAGGACAGGAAACGUAUCAUACUGCCUCAAAAUUUGUCAUAGCAACAGGUGAAAGGCCACGCUACUUAGGAAUCCCAGGAGAUAAAGAAUACUGUAUUACUAGCGACGAUCUUUUUUCUCUCUCCUACUGCCCUGGGAAGACCUUGGUGGUGGGCGCCUCCUACGUCGCUCUGGAGUGUGCUGGAUUCCUCGCUGGCUUCGGCUUGGAUGUUACAGUCAUGGUGCGCUCAAUCCUUCUUCGUGGCUUUGAUCAAGAAAUGGCAGAGAAAGUGGGCGCCUAUAUGGAAAAGCAUGGCGUGAAGUUCAUAAGAAAGUUUGUGCCUGUGGCGAUCCAACAGUUGGAGAAGGGUUCACCUGGAAAGCUGAAAGUAUUGGCGAAAUCCACUGAAGGACCAGAAACCAUCGAAGGAGUAUAUAACACAUGUGAUUACACGAAUGUUCCCACCACAGUGUUUACCCCUCUGGAGUAUGGCUGCUGUGGACUAUCUGAGGAGAGAGCUGUUGAAGUUUACAAAAAGGAGAACAUGGAGGUGUAUCACACUUUGUUCUGGCCCCUGGAGUGGACAGUAGCUGGCAGGGAAAACAACGCCUGUUACGCAAAGAUAAUCUGCAACAAAUGUGACCACGAUCGCAUCAUAGGACUUCAUGUUCUUGGACCGAAUGCUGGUGAGAUCACCCAGGGGUUUGCAGCCGCCAUGAAGUGUGGGCUCACGAAACAGCUGCUCAGUGACACCAUCGGGAUCCACCCCACAUGUGGGGAGGUAUUCACAACUCUGGAAAUCACAAAGUCAUCGGGCCUAGACAUCACUCAGAAGGGCUGCUGAGGCUAGCCCGCUGCUGCCGGCCCUCCUUCCCUUCUCCACUCUCUGAAGACCAGAUGCCCUGUGCCCUGGACACUGUGGGCACAGAGUCUGGCAUAGAGAUGAGAAGAGGACAGGAGACGGCAGCAGCGGCCCCAGCCCUGGCUGACGGCAAGCAGCAGGAGGACUGCGCCCUUGACGCCCCGGCCCCGAACCUGUACACAGGUGAGCCGCGGCCGACUCUUGCACGUCAGACCUGAACUCCUCCAAGCCCUUAGGAUGGACAGUUAGCCACAUUGCCUUUUGUCCCUGCGAGAGUCCCUGCACCCUCUCUUUCCAUGUCCCUGGAGAUACUCUGGUGGAACUGACAGUCACAGAGCAACUUCCCAGCAUCUGGGCCUGGCCCAUGCCAGUCCAUGGCUUCUGGGAGAGACACUCGCCACUGCAAGAACGCCGUGUGCUCCGCAUGGGUUCUAGUCAACUGUUAGAAUGCAGCCUUGCAGUGCAUUUCACCUGCUGUCAGUGUCCCCACUCGGACCCGCCAGAUGCCUGUGCUGGAACCUUGACGCUCUUGCCUGCCUGAGUGUUGCGGGGCGGGAGGCGCUCCGGUCAGAGAAGC